GAUAGAUAUUAAAUUAAUUAUAAAUUAAUUAAUUAUUAAUAAAAUUAUAUUAUAAAGUUUUUUUAAAAUAUAGUAAAAGUUUACUUUUAAAUUCCUUGCAUUACCUUAAAAAUAAAACAAAGGGAGAAAAAAUAAAAUUUCAAAAUAGAAAUAUUUUGACUUCAAAAUCUAGUUUAGGGAGAUUAUAUGCCUGUUGAAAAUUGUUUAGAAUGCAUGUUGGCUUGUUGGACAAAGCAAAAAAUAAACAAUGGAGUGGAUUCCGUUAGCCAUGGAAGUGAAAUGUAGCUGUCCUAUAAAUAGGAUGCUGGGCAUUAACAAGUUAAUGACCCUGUAGUUUAGUAUCACUAGGAAAUAUUUUUGAAUAAGAAAAGUUUCACAUAGCAGAAUAUUUUAUAAUAUAUAAAGAAUUAAUUUGCAUUAAAAUAAUCUUGAAUUAAUGAAGAUGUAAAUUUUUAUACAGUUUUCCCAUUUCUGAAAGAGUUUUUGUAAUCAUUGGAUAUAUGUGUAUUGAGGAAUGAGGAAGAAGAAUAGCACAUGCUCUGACAUGAAAACAAUAUAUCGAACAAGAAUUAUUCUUUGAAAGAAAAAGCAUCUUCAAGAAUAUCAAAACUUUUGACAUAGAAACUAGUUCUGAAAUUGGCUUUUGAAUAGCUGAAAAUUUACUAUAACAAUAGAAAAUGUUUAAGAAUCAAAUCUUAAAAGUUGCAUUGUUAUUCAGGACAAAAUAUAAUUAGAAAAUAAUAGUUGUUAAAAUUUAAUUGUCGGCAGCUGUAGGAAUAUUUUUCUCUGAGAUUUAGAUAGCAUUAGAAAUUUACAUGCUACUUCUUUCCAAUCUAAAAGUCUAUUAUAAAAAAAAAUGUUUCUGCCUUUUUUUUAUAUUUAAAUUGAAAAAUUAAACAUGCUAAGUAAUAUUCAACUUUUAGGGAAACAAUGCUUUUUUGUUACAUGAUGAUUUUUUUUAUGCAGAAUGAAUGCUUGUAUAUGGAUCUCUUGAAAAAUUUUAUUUACUAUAACAUCUUUUUUAAUUUUUAGAAUCUUGAUUGAUUCUAAUAAAGUUUAUGCAUUGAAAACACAAUUUUUAUGUGAUGCAUUAAACAUUUGUACUUUUGUAUUAAUAUUCUUCUCUUUAUCUGUGAACAGGAGUUAUUUUGCAGUUUCCAUAUUGUAUUUGUGUAGGUGUGGUAUGUCCCUUGUUUAUCAAUUAACUGUUUUACAGCGAGUCAGAUUUUAGUUUGUCCUUUGACAGAUUUUCUUUUGAAGAAAAUGCUUUCUUCCUUUUUAAGUCAUUGGAUAUGAAGACUUGUUGUCCAUUUAGAUCUUCCAUAACUUUGCUGUUUUUGUCUCCCCUCAUUUGCAGUCAAUUUAGCCAUCAUGCCAGUAGUCAAUUAAUAAGACAGGGUAGGAAAAACUUUUUGUGAGAUGAAUAGAAACCCUUAUGAGUAGCUAUUUGUGGUGAGGAAAAAUACUGUAAUUGUUUAGUAAUUUAAUAUUUGUACUAAUCCAUGUACAGAAAAACACUUUCUAGAAAAUUCAUUACCACUAUGGAUAAAACAGAGCAUCAAAAUCUUUCAAAUACAAUUAGAGAGGUUCAUGAAAAAUUGCGAAAGUCUUUUCAUUUGACUCAAGAUCUAAACAAAGUUUGGCAGGAACAUAUUAAAGAAGAAGAUUUAAGAAAAAAAUAUUCACAAGCUAUGAUGAAACUGGCUACUGAAAUCUGGGUUGGGAAAGACUGUCGCAUUGAAUGGAGUUAUAGAGCUUGCAUGAAUUUUUUCUAUCAUGGUGGUUUAGAAAAAUUUCUUGCAAGAGAGAAAAAAAUAAAGGAACUUUCAAUAAUUAAAGGAAAAGAAACACCUGGGAUUUCAGAUGAUACAAGGCAGAAUAAUUUUGAUUUUAGCACAAAAAGGCAGCUUAAAUUAUUAGACAUUGGUAGCUGCUAUAAUCCUUUUUCUAAGUUUUCUGAAUUUUCUUGUGUGGCAAUUGAUUUAACUCCUGCUACUAAGGAUGUGUUGCCAUGUGAUUUUCUUCAAGCUGAAAUACAUAUGAAGUCGAAUGCUGAAGUCAUCAAUGAUUCAAAAUUAACAUUUUUUGAGGAAAGUUUUGAUAUAGUUGUAAUGUCACUCGUUCUGGAAUAUUUACCUGCUGCUGAACAAAGAGCAAUAUUUUGUUUCAAAGCUUGGCAACUGUUGCAACUGUAUGGCUUGUGCAUAAUAAUUACACCUGAUUCAAAGAGUUUACACCAUAAUGCUCCGAUGAUGAAAAGCUGGAAAACAGCUUUUGAAAAAAUCGGUUUUAAGCGAGUAAAAUAUGAGAAGCUCACUCAUUUACACUGUAUGGCUUUUUGUAAAAUGUACAUGACUUCGUCUGUUGAUAUUUCAAGUUGUAAAUCAUUAUCAGACUUAUUGUAUAUUCCUCAAGAUUUUAAAUGCUAUGCUGACGAUGAUUUGCCUAUCGAAAGAAGUGAAGAAGAAUGCCAAAGUUUAUAUGAGCAAUUUUCAGAACUUCCAAAUGAAGUUUAAUUUUAAAGAUAUGAUAAUUUAAAUAUUUUGUUACUUUUUAUUGUUGUUAUUAAAUAUGGGUGAUUAUUAAAGUUAUUAAUAACUGUUUUUUACUGAUGUUAAAUAUUGUUGAUUACCUGACUUAUUAAUUUCUGAUGUGAUAAUGUUAUUUAUUAUUGCCUUUUACUAUGGAAUAUUGCUGAUUACCUGAUUUAUUAAUUUAGAUUUUUAUUGAUAUUAUUAUAUGUUAUUGAUUACCUGGUUUAUGAAUUUCUGAUUUCUACUGAUAUUAUAUAUUAUUGAUUACCUGAUUUAUUGUAUAUUAUUGAUUAUCUGAUUUAUAAAUUUUUGAUUUUUACUGAUUUAUCUUAUAAUGAUUGAUUACCUGAUAUUUUUACUUUUUGUUUUAUUUCGACGUUUAAAUUCUAAAGGGUUUUCAGGUGAAUAAGUUUCGUGUUGGAACUUUGAAUUUAACAUUGUAAAUAAAAUCGCUUAUCUAGCAAUAUGUUAUGUGUUCAGUGCUAUGAGUUGCACUGAGUUCACUGAUGAAUCUUUGCUUAUUUUUGAUUGGUUGAUACUAUGAGGUCAUUUCGAGAUUGGGAGUAUUUAUAUAUUCUUACAUAUACGUUAAUUUUUCUACUAUAUGAGAAGUGUUUGUAUGGUGUGUAUAAGAAAUGUGUUCAGCUGGAAGUAUGAAUUCAACAUGCUUUUCUUUAAUGUUUUUUAGAUAUCUCAAAUUGAGUCUGUUUUUAUAUUUAAAUGUUUAAUAAAUUAUUA